CACAAACGUACCACAAAACCUAUGGAUAUUUGGUUUUAACUUAUGCAAAAUGUUGGCUGUAGAGUCACUGAAAAAGUGGUUCGUCGGUGCUUCCUUUUCUUGAUGCAGAAGACAGAUUUCAGAACGUUGCAGAAAGAAGAAAACGGCGAGGAAGAUAAUGAUGCAUACACACACGACACACCCAAGAAAAGACGUACAGUUGAUAAAGAAGGUUUUGUGACACCAACAACCCCUGACAUACCGAAAUCAUCCCCUUAUUACCAGUGCGAUGACAGAAACAGUCUCCUUACCACACCCGACAUAGCUGUAGGGUCUGGUGAACUCUUCGGUGACAAUUUUUUGACGUCGUAUCCGAUGUUCUUAUCUCCUGAAACGUCCGAAGAUCUAUCUAAUUCUGAGAUACAGAAUGAAGAAAACCAUGAGUCCAAUACAGAAACUCAUUUUAAUCAACUCUCUAAAGAUUCAUUAAAUAUAGGCUCAAUGUCGUCACAAGCAGCUGAAAUGACGACACCGUCAACCGAGGCAACAGACGACAGUUCAGAAAGGGAAGAUUCCGAGGGGUCGCCUCAAAGCAUUUAUGAUGACUUGAGCAUUGCUGACUUAAUUAAAGACAUGAGUGAGAAGUCAAUGAAAGUGUAUAUGCACUGGAUGGAAUUGUUUCGAGAUGGAGAAAAGUUUGAAGAGGGAGUCCCUUCUCUUAUCGAUGAGUUACUGAAUCAGGCUAAGCGGAUAGAGGAGGAUCUUAUAGAACAGAAAGAGGCCCUUCGUCAGAGGAUCUACAGAAUCACGCAGACUCUGCGGGUGGAUGACCUUUAAAACUACUACUGUGGCAGCGGCCCCAUUAUACUGUAAAUUAAUCGGAUUCUAUACUGAUUGGUUUGUGUUUUAGCGUUAACUAAACGAAAUGAUUCUACAAUCUCUGUUUUAUCAUGACAUGAAAGUCCUAAUAAUUAAAAUAAAUUUGUCUGCUUAUCUUUAUA